AUGGCGGACGCGAAGAAUAUGGUGGUGCUCUCGCGGUCCUUGCUCUGCUCCAGGUUUCCUGCGACGCUGCCCGGUGGGACCAGCCGUGUCGUCGGGGGGCGCCGGCUGCGCCACAAGAAGGCACCCCACCACCACCCGGGCGGCCACCACGGCGGCGGCACCCCGGCCGUGAUGACGGUGAACGGGUUCAGGCGCGGCGAGAGCGACGGCCACUUCCACAGCGACGGCGAGCUGAUCGUGGCGCUGUCCACGGAGUGGUUCGCGCGCGGGCGCCGGUGCCACAGGAGGAUCCGCAUCACGAGCGCGCGCCACGGGCGCACCGUGGAGGCGCGGGUCGUGGACGAGUGCGACUCCCGCCGCGGGUGCCGCCACAACAUCGUCGACUCGUCGCCGGCGGUGUGGAGGGCGCUCGGGCUCGACACCGACGUCGGCGAGGUGCCCGUCACGUGGUCCGACCCCUGA